AGAAGAAGAAGAAAAAGAUAUUGACGACAGCAUUUUGUUUGAAGAGAAUGAUAUUGGUCAUUUCGGUGAAAUGUGAAACGAUUGACUGGCCUGCCUGCUUGUUAUGCGCGGUCUCCGCUUUCGCUGAGCGGAAUUUCGACUGCAGUUUAGUUCACUAGCCCCCGCCAGGGAGUAUCGUGGUUCCGUUAUGUCGCUCAGCAGGAGAAGGUAGCCGUUUACAGAAAUGUUUGACAGGAGGUGAUGACUGCAGUUUCUAAAUGUACCGUGGGAAUAAGCAAGCAAUGUGACCGUUCCUGCGGAGUGGUGAGCGAAAGGCCGUGUAAGGCGGAAGGAUGUCCCAGACGGUGGCACUCCGGGGGUUCCCCGGGUUCCCGUGCGAGGUUCGCCUGGAGUUUCAGGUUCCCCUGCCACGCAACCUUGCAUGCGCACUGUGCCGUGCUGUCUGCCCCGUCAUCUACCGGGCCACCUGCUGUCAUGCCUUCUGUGCCCGCUGCAGGGAGGACCUUUCACGCACCCGCUCGGCGGCUCUCCUCUGUCCCGUGGACGGUACUGAGACUUGGACAGAACGGAUUGUGCCAGAUGACACUGUGUGGAACUCUCUGAAAGACUUCACCGUGCUGUGCACUCAGAGUGUCAAUGGCUGCAGGUUCAGCGACUCUUUGGCUGCCUUGAAGAACCACAUCAAGGACUGUCCGUACAUCAAGAAAAUGUGUCCGCUGUGUGAGGAAGAAGUUCUCUCCAAAGACUUGUUCAACCAUUUGGGAAGUGUGUGUCGAAAGAGACCCCUGGUGUGUGAGCACUGUGGGCUCAAUUUUCACAAGGAGCUGCUAACAGACCACAAAGCGCACUGCUCCGAUAAGAUAGUUACCUGCGAACACUGUGGUGUUGAUGGCAUCCUUCUAGGGGAGUUGAGUUUGCACUACGAAGAGUGUGAGAGGAAGCCGUGGUGUUGUACUAUGAAGGAAUAUGGGUGCACGUUUGAGGGUCCUAGGAAAAGUUUGAUAGAGCACUUGACAUUUGAAGAUCACAUUCAGUACAUCGUGACACACUUCAAGGAGCUCUCCGUCAUAAACAAGGAGCAGCAAGAGGAAAUCGGGCACCUAAAUUUUCAGCUGGAUGCCUUAACGAAAGCUGUCAAGGAAGGCAACAGAAGAGUAUCUACGACACUCACGACGAUCAGCAGAGCUCUUCAUGCACAGCAGGAAGAAAACAAAAAGCUGCGAGCAAAACUGGAUGAGUUGUCACGGAUGAUUGAGCAAAAAACGAUCCAUCCAAUACUCAGUACAAAGCUUGAUGGCACUACAACUACGCACCACAAGAUUCCGAGAGAUGGCACAAUCGAGCGUGUAACGUACCCACGAUAUGUGGAAGCGGGACUGGUCUCGCGACCCGUGAGUGCACGGGGCACCACGUCAGCCGUUGCGUCAUCGUCAUCACGUAUCGGACGCCUGCCCAGCAACACCUGACAGCAAGAGCAGCAGCAGACAUACCCACUACAUUUCACCACAAGUUACACACACUCAAGUGGUGCAGCGUCUCACUCCAAGUCCUGAGGGGAACUGGGAGGGGACCCUCCACACUUUUGGCACUGCCAGAGUUUAUGGGCCAAAGCUCACUGGGCAAAAGCUUGCUAUGUGGCGUAUUUGUCUUUAGUUGCUGGACUGGGUAUUCAGAUUGGGCGACUUCCUAGGGUAGGACGGUUCAAAAUGGGGCCCCAUAUUCGGCUUUGUGAAUGUGGAAGACGAUAGGUGAGGUGUUGUUGGGAACAGUAGUUUAUCCAGGACCACAAACACGAGGGCGGGGUCAUUAUUACGGGUACGUCGUAACAGCUUUAUUUAUCGUUGCUCACAUAUGUUUAGAGCUGGAAUGAGCAAUCCCUUAAGUGGUCAUAGUUAAUUAAUACAUAAUUCCAAUAAAUUAUGUAUUAAUUAAUUAUGUAUCACCUUAAGCAUGUGUAAUUUGGAAUACAUAAUUCCAAUGAAUUAUGUAUUAAAUUAAAUUAAAUUAUUGAAGUGAAAUUAUUAAUUAAUUAUUGGAGGUAGGAAAGAAAAAUAUGGAGAUGGAGGCUCCUACGAAACAAUUAAUUAUUAAUCGAACAUAAUUUUGACGAAUUAUGUAUUCCAAAGAAUUUGCUGCCAAGCGUCGGGUCUCCUUUGCUGUUGAAAAUUGAGAAGAUUAUGAUUCACUGCCAUGAUAGCUUUUUGGAGAUUAUGUUCGUUUCCGGCAUGGCAAACGGGUAAAUUGUUCAGUUCAGUUCAGGUUUGCAGCAGGAAUUUGGUUCCUUUAUGGAUGCUUAAAAUUGUUUCUUAUCGUCCGUUAUAUUUCUUCACUUUUAUCUCUCUGGAUAAACCACACAAGUUCGCUGUUGCAUCAUCAGGGAUAAUGUGUACAUAGCACCUAUGCUUAGGGCUCGUAUUUUGCAGACGGUAUAUAAUGCAGACGGUAUAUAAUGGUACGGUAACUAUAUAGUUACGUCAUUAGGGAAAAAAAUAGACAGCUGGCGGUAUUAUCGACAGCGCGCAUACUAGACAAGUAACUCGGCGGUGACGCUAUAUACCGCAAAAUAAUAAGCAUUUCUAACAUACUGAAACAUUACUGGAGAUGUAUAGCGAAAUGUAACCAUAGAGAAAUGCCUAGCGAUCGGCCAGCGACUUACCACUCAGCCUCUGCCCAGUGAACUUCUCUCAGCAAGUUUGUCUGCCCACUUCUUGUGUUCACAACGUGUCGGUAUCUCCCGAGGGUUUCCACGGAUAGAAGACCCUCGGGCGUACCUUAGCACGUGUAGUCGACUGUAUUUAUUUAGCGUUCAGUAUUCGUUAUAGGAGUCUCUUCUAGGAGUAAUCUAUUUAUUGGAAUUGAGAAGAUGAGGAAGGGGAGAGGGGGGGGGGGGGAAACAAUAUUGUACAUAGUGGAGGCACGUUAUACUGCACUGCCAGCUCUUUUAUUUCUGCACAUGCUAAGCGUCUCUCGGGCUCUGGACUACGAACGAAAGCUAACGUGAACGUGAACAGGAAUGAAAAGUCGACACGCUUUCUCAUUCUGGAAGGUACCUGCAAGACAAUAGCAUCUGUGGCAAGGGCAUUGCAAAAAGUCGGUUAUGCUGGUGCUUGCAGUUGAAGAUUCUCAACAUCUGUUCCUCUUUAUGCAUUCCUUCUUAACCUUGAUAUAAGUUCAGCUUAGUACUUGUUUCCCUUAUUGACCUCUCUUUCAUAGUCGGGGCACUAUAUGCAAGGUUGCUCCUGGAUUUCUAGUCAUGCACUUAUUUACUGCAGAUGUAUUUUUAUUUAUUUAUUUAUUUAUUUUUAUGUAUUUUAAAAUUUUUAUGUAUAUUUAUAUGUAUAUUUUUAUUUAUUGAUUGAUUGAUUUUUAUGUAAUUUUUUAUUGAUUGAUUGAUUGAUUUUUAUGUAUUUUAAAAUGUUUGUUUAUUUA